AUGGCGGGUGUUCUGAUGCGUGUUCGUAAUUUUUUGCUUGCGAAAUACAUGAAGAGUCAAACUGACGUAAGCAAAGUUUUUAAAAGGACCUUCACACGUUUUGUGGAGACUGGCCGUGUGGCCAAAUGCGCCGUUGGAAAAUACAAGGGACGUCUUGUAGCUAUCGUCAAUGUGAUCGAUCAAAAUCGGGUACUUAUCGAUGGCCCGAUCACUGGAGUGCCCCGGCAGCAAUACCCGGUUAACCAUCUGCAUCUCACCAAGUUCCGUGUCAAGUUCCCUUUCACAGCUUCGACCAAGGUAGUGCGUAAAGCUUUAACAGCCUUCAACCUUAAGGAGAAGUUUGCCAGCACCAGAUGGCAAGAGCGCGCACGUGCUAAGACCAAGCGUUGCAACAUGACGGACUUCGAUCGGUUCAAGCUGCGAUUGGCCCGUGCCGAGCGUAACCGUUUGGUCAACACUCAGUACAAGAAGAUGAAGAAGGAAGUCGUGAACAACGGUAUGCUGUUCGGUAAGCCGGUCAAGGGAACGAAAUCGUUGCCCAAGCGACGCAAUCCGAUUCCGAAGAAGGAAGGCAAAAAGAAGCGCGUAAGGAAAAACAAGAGGACCCCCGCUGCCAAGAAGUAAAACCAGGAGCGACGGUUUUGUUUGAAAUUUUGUGCGAGUGUGUGUACACAACAGUGAGAAGGAAGGAGAAUAUAAUUAAAUUUAAAACCUGACAAA